AGGUCGGAUCCGCCUUGGGCUUUUGCCGCUCUUCUCCUUUGGAUGUGUUAACACGACACACGACUAAAACUUGUUGAACUAGUAUACAGUUGAAUAUUCAAAUUCUUUGGUCUAUUUUCAUCGUUUGAAAUUUUUAAAUUUGAGAAAUGUAUUGUAUAUGCCGUAAACCGGACGAUGGGUAAAGUAUCUGCACUCCUUGUGAGAAAUCGAAUUUCCACCCUAACUCCAAAUGUCUUUAAAUCUCCAUGAAAUAUAUGUUGAUUUUAUGUUAAAUUGCUGUAUAUCUGCUGAUAAGUCGUUCAACUGUGUGUGGAUUUGAAAACCACAAGUAAUAGGUCUAUUGUAGUCGUUUCGUUUCCAGGAAAGGCAUGAUAUUAUGUGAGGAGUGUGAGGAUUGGUUCCAUUUUAGAUGUGUAGGUGUGAAAAGUCAGAAACAAGCUCUGAUUCAAUAUCGACGUGGAUAUGCUUUGUCUGUGAAAGGGUUUCAAAGGUGCAGGCUUCUCUCUCUGAGAGAAUAGUCAAUUUGGAAGUUCAGUUGGCCCAGCAGGCCAAGAUUUUAUUUGCAGGACAGACGAUCAAUGAAAAUAAUAAUAUAUCAAAGCAUGUUGUGCCAGAGGAAAGCACCACUGAUUCACUGUGGAAGAGAAAAUUAGAAUUGAUCAGUAAUGAAAAUGAUGAACUGAAGGCAAAGAUGGAUGAACUGAAGGCAAAGAUGGGUGUGUUGGAGGAAAAGGUCAAAUUGACCUCAAAUGAAAAUGAAGCUCUGAAGGCAAGCCUUGCUCAGUCUCAAAGAUGUGUUGAGCUGCUACAAAAUGAAACCAGUGUGCAUGCUGUU